AUGUGCCAAGUUUGCUACCUCUCAGAUUUGGAAAAGUUGUGAAUUGUUCUUAAGAUUAUUAAAAUUAUAAAACUCACGCUACCCCUUCAAUAUUUAUGCUUCAUCUUAAAAUUUCAACUCUCAUUUAACUAGUCUAUAAACGUGUCGUUUUUGCUCAUUUCUAUCAAUCGCAUUUUGGAUACGAGUCAAACUCAAUGUAACUCUGGUGAACUCAUUUUUUCAAACUUUUCCAAGAUAAAGCUUUCAGAAAAAAUGUGUAUUUCGAAGCUGAGGAACAAGAGAAAUGACAGUGGAAGGAUUAUGGUUUCGAGCGAUCAAUUUCAAAUUGCUAAACAAACUAGUUUGGUUGGUGGAAAACGAGGUUUCAUUCAGCACUCAUAAUUCCAGAAAGAAAAGAAAACUGAAAGCGAUAAGGACACUGGGCGAAACAAUGGUUCCAAGAAGGCCAAAACGGUUUUUUUUAAAUUUUUGAUUACAAGGGGAGGGCAAGUGCCGGUCAGGGUUCAAUUGAAGAACUUUCCAGGAUGAGGAAAUAACUCAGGAAGAAGACCCGUCGGUUUCUGUCGACCGUAUGAAUCAAGUAUGUAAAGCGUAUGGAGCGGCGCCGAACCCGCGCAUGGUCCGACUCAUGAGCAAACAUCCAGUUCCAUCUCCUGGAAAUAAAUUAGAGAAAUACGGUGAAUCGAAGCUUAGAAACAUCUAUCUCGAUUUCAGGCGACAUCACCUUCCACAUAUUGACCCCGACGGGUUCGGAGCCUGAAAAACGUCCUGCUGCUCUGGAUGACACCGAGAAACCGAAGUACCGCUAUGGGUAUAUCUAUUCACCACGAUUUGACACAGCCUGAUCGUUCUGCGAUCUCUUUUCCCUCAACCGACAUAGAAAUAGCACGAAAACAUGAGAGCGUCAAUGAGAGAGAAAAGAUCGCACAAUUCUUCCGGCUAUUUCAAGCCGAGAAGAGUCAAACGAACUUUUUCAGACAUAGAACAAGAACAGGAGGAGAUUUUCGGCUGAGGGACGAGACCAAACUUGAGCCGAUAACUGAAGAAAACUAUAUAUCGAACAUCCAGGACAUGGAAUACAUGGCGCGUGAUAUGUUGCGCACUCUGGGAAAGAACGGAAUACCUCAACCUGUCCAGUUGAAAAAUGUUGAUUUACAGUUAUACUGCCUUUAGAAAGUUCUUGUUCCAGCUCAAAUGUGAACCGAGUUCGGACUUGACCCUUCUUGCCAACAACGACAGAUUUUCAAGAGCCAACUUGCUUCCCAACACCUUCAUUUCCAACGCCGUGUCCAUAGCCAGACCAACGGAGGUCGAUCAUCUACACACUGCCAAAGACCUUUAGUACGGUCCUGGUGAAUGUUUUAUGGUCAAUCGGUUACAGUGCCAAGCAGGUUUCUGUGGUUCUGCCGCCUAUCGACCUCGAGGAGUUCCAUGAAAUGAAGUGCAUGUUGUCUGCUUCUCGAAAAAGCGCUCGUCAAAACCAAUUGUAAUUUUUAUUUUACUACUGGCUGCUAUUUUGUCAAUCGAAAAAACUUUCUUGCUUCCAGGACGCCAAAAAAGGAGGAAAAACCAAACUCAAAAAGCAAAGGAGUCCUAACUUGCGAAGAGAUUUCUUGCCACGAAAUUUGA